CCCCCUCCCACUCCCCCAGCUGGUCUUCGCUCUGUGUUUGCAGCGGUUGCAGCUUCUGUAGCCCGGGCAGCCUCAUUCGCUUGGAUGAUGGGCCCCUGGUUCCUGCUGGUGGCUGUCACUGCCUGUGUGAGUGCCCCGGGUACCCUUGCCAAGCCGCUGGGGAGUGUCUCCCACGAUGAUCUGGGCAUGUCCCACCGGUUCCGCAGGAGCGUGCCAGCCAACCUUCCUUAUGAUGUAGACAUGAUGCCAUACUUAUCCUCGGAGUCCCUACAGGAGGAGGCUUUGUACCCAGACAUAAACCCAGUGCUGCUCUCCAGGUUAUCAGCCUUCCCCCAGGAGGCAUUACUGGCAGCCAUGGAACGCUCUGGGUCCAAUAACCGGGCAGAACCUCUGCAGGACAACCUGGCUCUGCAGCAGCUGCUGGAAGACGGACAGCGGAGAGACAAAGAGGCCCUGUACCUGGCCAACCUCUUGCACCUGUGGAACCAGAUCAAUCAGGGCCGGGGCUUCCCAGACCAACUGCAACCCCCCCGAGGGUCUCUGCAGAGAGACAGAGAGGCCCUCAGGUCCUACCAAGAUUAUGAUGAGACCGCGUUGGCCCCCCGCUCCGUCAGACCCCAGGUCCCCAGGAACCAAAUGGCUCAGAGUCGCUACCGACAGGAUGGUGGGUACCAAGCGACUGCUCCCCAACUGCCACAGGAGGAGGUCGGAGAGGACGGGGUCCCCAUGGACGAGGAGAUGUUACGGUUCCUGGUGACCCGAGUUCUCUCGGCAAUGAGUGAAGCGGAGAUGCCCCAGCGCCUGUCGCCCCCCCCUGCUCGCCGGCUGCGCCGAUCUCUGGCUGAAAACCCCCCAGGAGACCCCCCCACCAACCUCCUGCGCAUCAAGCGGCCCGACAGCCCCCCCGAGCCUGACUACGUGCCCAGUGGGCUACUGCGCCGGAAGCGCAUUGAUGGAGACCUGGAGGCCCGGCCCGGCCACUACGCUGAGCAGAGAUUCGCUGAGCAGCUUCUCAAGUACCUCCCAGACUAAUUGCCCCCACCCCAGGGCGGCACGUGACUCUAUUGCCCCCCAUCUACUCUAAUACACCCAGACCUGCCUCCCUUUCCCUACAGUACUGCCCC